GCCUUCGAAGUGCUAAAUUUGGAACAUUUUAUAAGAAAAUUCCUGAGCUGGUGAAAUGACACAAAAAUGCGAGACAACGAAUUGCAGUAAGGAUGCAACGCUGCAGUGUCCCACUUGCCUCAAGUUGGGCAUCAAGGGAUCAUUCUUCUGCUCGCAGGCGUGCUUCAAGGGAUUCUGGAAGGAGCACAAGGUGAUCCACGCCUUGGCCGCUGGCGGAGCAAAACCCGUGGUCGACGAUAACGGCGUCUACAAUCCCUGGCCUCAUUUUCGGUUCACCGGCAAGCUGCGUCCCUUCCAACAGACCCCCAAGCGCGCUGUUCCGGAGGCAAUUCAACGACCCGACUACGCGGAUCAUCCGGCGGGACGAUCUCUGUCCGAGGAAGCAUUGCGUGGCACCACGAUCAAGGUGCUCGACGAUGAUGAGAUUGAGGCAAUGCGGGUAGCCGGACGCCUGGGGCGCGAGUGUCUGGAUGAGGGCGCCAGGGCCGUUGAGGUGGGCAUCACAACGGAUGAGCUGGAUCGCUUGGUGCACGAGGCUGCCAUUGAGCGGGAUUGUUACCCAUCGCCCCUCAACUAUUACAAUUUCCCCAAGUCGUGCUGCACCAGCGUCAACGAGGUGAUUUGCCACGGCAUUCCGGACAAGCGGCCUCUAGAGAAUGGCGAUAUUUGCAACAUUGAUGUGACCGUCUAUCACCGUGGCUUCCACGGCGAUCUCAAUGAGACAAUGUUCGUCGGCGAGGUCUCCGAGAAGCACAAGAAACUGGUGCGCAUCACGCACGAAUCCCUGGCCAAGGCGAUUGAGCUGGUGCGUCCAGGAGUGCGAUAUCGUGAGAUUGGCAAUGUUAUACAGAAGUAUGUGGCGCCUCACGGAUUCAGCGUGGUUCGCAGCUACUGUGGCCAUGGAAUUCAUCGCGUCUUUCACACUGCCCCCAAUGUGCCGCACUAUGCCAAGAAUUCUGCUGUGGGUGUCAUGGCAGCCGGACACACCUUCACUAUCGAGCCCAUGAUAUCCGAGGGUGUGCAGAAGGCUGAAUCCUGGCCUGACGACUGGACUGCCGUUACCGCCGAUGGCCUCUACUCGGCCCAGUUUGAGCAGACGCUGUUGGUAACAAACAAUGGUUGUGAGAUUCUAACGAAGCGCCGGGAGAACAACGGACAGCCAUGGUUUAUGGAUAAAUUGUAGUUCUAAGUACUGGUUUUUGAUGAAGCUUUAAUUUGUUUUUACAAUAAAAUCUAAAGUUUGUAUUUCCCCCAU